GCUCGGAUUAUUAUUCUGUCCACCCUGUAACCUGCUCUUGAUUUGAUGACAAUUAUAUGCUUAAACACGUUAACGUUCGUUAACAUGCCGACGGGUUAAAAUCUUUCCAACUUCGUUGCCGUACGAUUCCAUACAUCAAGACUUUGAACCCGGAAGUACCACUACAUGAGGACAUACUUUUCUUGCGAUCAAUAUACGCCAUAAGUGUUGGUUCAUCGCAGCCAGUGUACGUCGGGUGCCACAAUGACAGUAAUACCGAUUCCACGACGUAGCAGGACGUUCUCUGGUCCACAUCACACUUGUAUGGAUUGUGCCGAUUCUCAUAUGCUCCGACUGAAACGGACGUCGAGGGAAGAGUCGUGUUUUGAUAUGUAUCGCAGUAAUAUACUUUUUUACGGGCUCCUUCGUUUCAUCCUGCUCUUCUGCGCAAGCAUGGGAACGUUUCUUUCAGUUAUAAUAUCGGGGGCGCUGUUUUUGAUCCAGUACUCGUCAAUACACGUGUUUCUACGCUUCCAAUAUAAACUGACGGUACUAUUGAUAAUGAUCAACAGGGAUCGGUUUAACUUUCAUAAACUAAACGAAGGACUCAUAUACUGCAUCCACGUCGUAAUGCUACUUCUUGGCGGGCUGGGAUGGUGUGCCAUGAUGUUUGUGGAUAUUUGACGUCAUCGUUUUGUCAUCUUUUGCAAGACAGUGCAUAGUUAUGCUGGUGAUGGUAGGAGUUUCAGUACAAUUGCAUCUGCCAAUCUUCUAUAGUCAAUUUUCAAGAUCAUAUCUUCCUACAUUGGUUUUGACUAAACUUGAUUGGAGAUUCUUUUCAUUUUUAUUUCUUCAUUAAGUUAUGGUCAAAGUAUACGCAUUUUACAGGACCUCCACUUAGAUUAAAUAGCGGUGGUCAUCGCGCUUCGCAUGUGCGACAUUUGUGUUGAUAAACAUUGAUUUUUCUCGCAAUCCAAUGCGCUCUUCUAAUGGAAAGCACAAGUAUGAGGUUUGACCUGGGCGUGAUUUGCACUAAUUACUGUCGGCGACUCCUACAAAACCUUCCAAUCACCUAAAAAACACUUAAUUAAAGCUUGGUAACGGCUAAGUUUGUACUUGAUCAGCGCAACAGCCAAAGUCGUCAGCUUUGUUUACAAGAGACCCAUGUAUCUCGCGCAUGCGUGGCGUGACGACUACCACCCUUUAACAUGCUUCUCAUCGUGAAAAUACAGUAGUUUUCCCUGGAAAUCGUUUUUCCCCGCUACACAAUGCAAUCGUUUUCACAUUUGUUUUUAAGUAAAGAGACCUGCAAUUCAUGUUGUCAGUAUUUUGGAAUCAAGUUCCCAUCAGCAGUGUUGUAAUAAAAAUGUAAAUAUUGAAAGAUGCAAACGGUACUUUGAAUAAAAUACAUUAUUCAUUAUAGUGAAUUAUAAUAUAAUUAAUAUCAUCAUAUAUGCAAACGGAAAAAAAUAUGAAAUAUGAGAAUGUUUUUAAACUCAAUUUUGUCGUG